AUGGCACAAGAACAGCACUACAUUCUUCCACCGGACAUGCUCCAGUCCCAAAUUUCCAUGGUCGACUUGUUAACCGCCAUGUUCCCGUCUCCGGGAGAGGUUGAAAUUCCCGAAUCAACAUCUCAAUGUGUGGAGAAACUGCGGCAAUGGUGCGAAGAUCCCACGUUACCACUGCCCACAGGGAUUUCUGCCAGCAUAUACCUGACAGUCUGUUUACCAAUUGCAGAUGGAGAGAAGUCCGUCCAAGUAAAUCUGUCUAUCCCUCUCCAAGCAAAGGAUACGGAUGAUCUGGACCAACCGCCACCAGCAAAUUACUCAGUGCGUCAGCCGGAUUGGAUAUCCAAGGCCGAACUAGCACAAUUGACGGCAAAGAUGCCGCAAGAUGAUGCGCUUGAAACAUUCGAGUACGUGCAAGAGAAGCUCAACCGUUUCUUACAGAUGCAGAAACAACAAGAAGCGCGGGCCGUGUCAGAAAGCAAUGCUGGCUCUGGCCGGGGAGGGCCGAUAGUACGGGUCUGGUUCUAUUUCCCGUCUCUAUCAACGAAAAAGAAGAGAGAUGACAUGGUCAAUAAUGCGCCGGCAUAUUCUCUCACUGGAUUCGUCCUGGCAGGGAAACCGGGUGUGCUAUGUCUAGAGGGAGAAUCAACCGAUAUUGAUUCUUACAUGAGCUUCAUCAAGACACAUUCCUGGGGAGAUAUACCCAGCCACCAAAAGAAGGUUAGCGAGAGAUUCCGUGAGAAGGAUGACGUGGAGAGAGUGUUUGAUGGUAUGGAGGAGAUCACAGACUCGCUGGGUGAGCGCGGUGGCCAGAGGGCCAAUCGUGGGGAUAUGCAGGCUUUGGAGGCGUGGUUGGGUGCACGAGGGUUACAAGAGGCAUUUGAGAAAGUCAUAUUUUGA